AUGAAUGAGAGGUCAUCUCGAUCACACACGAUUUUCCGGAUUAUUCUGGAGUCGAAAGAUGCCAAUCAGAAAGAUGGACCUGUACAUAUAAGCUACCUUAACUCAAUGGACUUAGCUGGUUCUGAGAGAGUUUCUCUGACGAAAGCUGCUGAUGUAUAUGGAUCUGUAGUAAAACCUUUAGUCGAUUCCUUCAUGGAAGGUUUCAAUGCCACAAUAUUUGCAUAUGGCCAAACAUCUUCUGGCAAAACACACACCAUUUUGGGCAAUAAAACAGAUCCUGGGCUUUUCCAAUUAGUAUCCAAUCAGUUAUUCCAGCAUGUGGCAGACCAGGUUGAUAAGAGGUACUUGAUUAGAUGCAGUUAUAUUGAAAUCUACAAUGAAAAGAUCAAUGACCUCCUGGAUAAGAGCAAUCAGGGUUUAACUAUAAGAGAAGAUAUCAAAGGAAAUGUGCUGCUUGAUGCAAGGGAAGCUGUCGUAGACAAUGUUGAUAAAGUUAUGGAGAACAUGAUGCAGGGCAAUAAGAUCAGACGAGUUGCAGCUACUCGCAUGAAUGAGAGGUCAUCUCGAUCACACACGAUUUUCCGGAUUAUUCUGGAGUCGAAAGAUGCCAAUCAGAAAGAUGGACCUGUACAUAUAAGCUACCUUAACUUAAUGGACUUAGCUGGUUCUGAGAGAGUUUCUCUGACGAAAGCUGCUGGUGAGCGUCUUAAAGAGGGGGCUAACAUAAACAAAUCUUUGUCAGUAUUAGGAAAUGUGAUAAGGCAACUAAGCGAGGGGAAGGAGUUUAUCAGUUAUCGCGAUUCGAAAUUGACUAGACUGCUCUCACAGGCUCUUGGCGACAAUGUUGAUAAAGUUAUGGAGAACAUGAUGCAGGGCAAUAAGAUCAGACGAGUUGCAGCUACUCGCAUGAAUGAGAGGUCAUCUCGAUCACACACGAUUUUCCGGAUUAUUCUGGAGUCGAAAGAUGCCAAUCAGAAAGAUGGACCUGUACAUAUAAGCUACCUUAACUUAAUGGACUUAGCUGGUUCUGAGAGAGUUUCUCUGACGAAAGCUGCUGGUGAGCGUCUUAAAGAGGGGGCUAACAUAAACAAAUCUUUGUCAGUAUUAGGAAAUGUGAUAAGGCAACUAAGCGAGGGGAAGGAGUUUAUCAGUUAUCGCGAUUCGAAAUUGACUAGACUGCUCUCACAGGCUCUUGGCGGUAAUGCCAAAUCAUUGAUUAUCGGAAUGUUACUUUAG